AUGUCUUCAUAUUAUUUCACGGUGAUUGGCACCCGUGAUAACCCGCUCUAUGAGCUAGAGUUUUCUUCCUUCAAAACUUCUUCCUCGAAUACUGGCUACCCUGGCCAAUCGAACUUUUCCACCAGGAUCAAGGAACUUCUUCCAUUCAUCACCAAUGCAUCCUUAGAUCUCGUUGAAGAUGCACAAUGGUCUUCUGGGGCUUUCAAUCUUGGUAAAGUCGACUCCUUUUAUGGUGUUCGUGUCAAUGCGUUCGUCACUCAGGGAAAUAUCAAAUUCAUAUUGUGCUACGAUGCCAGCAGUACGGCUUCUGGAGGCCUAGAAUCUAUGAUGUCCUCGACGCUGAGCUCAAGCAAGCACGACGAAAAUGUCAUCAAGCAGUUUUUCACAGAGGCAUACGAUCUAUACGUUCAAACGCUACUAAAUCCAUUCUACCUGACUUUGACUACAGAUUGA